GGUUCCAGAACAUCUUGUGAAGAGCGUUACUUGGCAGACGCUGCAAGCUGUAAAUUUUUGCCAUAAACACAAUUGCAUUCAUAGAGAUGUGAAGCCAGAAAAUAUCCUCAUCACGAAACAGUCGGUGAUCAAGCUUUGUGACUUUGGAUUUGCUCGGCUCUUGACUGGACCGAGUGACUACUACACAGACUACGUGGCCACCAGGUGGUACCGCUCCCCGGAGCUGUUGGUGGGGGACACGCAGUACGGCCCCCCGGUAGAUGUUUGGGCAAUUGGCUGUGUCUUUGCUGAGCUGCUGUCAGGGGUGCCUCUGUGGCCAGGAAAAUCCGACGUGGAUCAGCUCUAUCUGAUUAGGAAAACCUUGGGUGAUCUCAUUCCCAGGCACCAGCAAGUGUUUAGCACGAAUCAGUACUUCAGUGGGCUGAAAAUUCCAGACCCUGAAGAUAUGGAACCACUGGAAUUAAAAUUUCCAAACAUCUCUUAUCCUGCCCUGGGGCUCUUAAAGGGCUGUCUCCACAUGAAUCCUGCCGAGAGGCUCACGUGCCAACAGCUUUUACAGCACCCGUAUUUUGACGGCAUCACAGAAAUGGGAGAUUUGGCAAAACAGCAAGACAAACCAACAAGGAAGACCCUCCGACAGAGCCAGAAGCACCUGCCGGGGGUGAAUACGGGGCUCUGCUUACAGAGGCUCUCACACCUGCCCCUGGUGCCGGGCUUGCGUCUGUACCUGGGG